AUGGGAAGGCUUUGCCUGCUAUUGGUGUUGCUGCAACUUUCAUGGAGUUUCUCUUCCUCUGUUUCUCCUCCAUCCUCUUCUCUCUGUCUUCCUAACCAAAGAGAUGCUUUGCUACAAUUUAAAAACGCCAUUAAUAUAAAUGAUAUUCUCUGUACGGAAUUUUACCCUUUUUUCUACCCAAAGACAGAGUCAUGGAACAAAAGCACUGAUUGUUGUUCAUGGCCGGGGGUCGAAUGCGACAACCGGACCGGUCACGUAAUCGGCAUCGAUCUCAGCAGCAGUUGCCUUAACGGUUCUCUCCUUGCUAACAGCAGCCUCUUGGCAACACCAGCAGCCUGUUUCGCUUGCGUCGACUCCGACGACUCGACGUUGCAUACAACAAUUUCGAAGGCGCUAUCUCGCCCGAAUUGUUUGCUCGGUUGUUUGAUACUUGAUGCACAAGGUUUUGAGAUGCUUGUAAGAAACUUGACCAGAUUGAGAAACCUUAUGCUCGACUCCGUCGACAUGUCCGGUGUUGCGGUUUCUUCGUUUCUAAACUUGUCUUCGUCGUUAAGACAUUUGAGUCUCGGAGACUGUCGGUUGCAUGGGGAGUUUCCGACUCCAUUUUUUCAGUUUCCGAACCUCAAAGGUAUAGGGUUAGGUGGGAAUGAAGAUCUUAGAAGUUAUCUCCCUAUGACAAAUUGGAGUAGUGGCCUUGAGUUGUUGGACCUUUCCCAUUGUGGUUUUAGAGGGUUAAUUCCACCAUCAUUCGGAAAUCUCAGUCGACUCAAGUCCAUGGAUCUAUCUGGAAAUCAUCUUCGAGGACGGAUUCCGGAUAUUUUUCGUAACCUUGGCAAGCUAACAUAUUUGGGAUUGUCUUCCUGCAACUUGAGUGGUCCAGUACCUGAUUCUGUUUUCAGUGCCGUGCACCUUAAAGAACUUCGAUUGUCAUCAAACAACUUGAGUGGUGUAAUCGUGCCCGGUAUGCUUUCGAAAUUCUCGAGUCUUGAAGUUCUUGAUCUUUCCAAUAAUAGUUUACUAUCAUUGGGCACAAGCAGCAAAGAUGCGAACCAUUCCUCCCCUCGGAUUGCAACCGUGGCAUUCUCGUCUUGUAGCAUACGGCAGUUCCCGAGUUUCUUUCGAACAUCGAAGUUGGAGUAUCUAGAUCUCUCCAAUAACAUGAUUUCCGGUGGAAUUUCCAAAUGGGAGGCUCAAGGGUGGGAAGAACUGGUUGUGCUGAACCUUUCUUAUAACUUGCUGACCACUUUGGAGCAGUUUCCGGGAAAGAAAUUAGGCAUACUUGACCUUCGUUCGAACAUGCUUCAAGGCCCGAUUCUCUCGACUUGCUUGAAUCUUCGAACUCCGAAUCAGCAGUUGUUCAACGAGUUCUUAAUCUCAGGGAAUAAUUUGACAGGAAAUAUCCCUUCUUCAAUCUGCAAUUGGAGUGAACUCACAGUUCUCGACUUGUCCAGGAACAACUUGAAUGGAACUAUACCCGAAUGUCUUGGGAACUUCAGCAACUCGCUUGCGUUCGUCGAUUUGCAAAUGAACAACUUCGGCGGAAAGAUCCCGGAUUCUUUUGUGAAUAAUUCCUUGACUCAUCUUUUUCUUAAUAACAAUCAAUUUGAAGGACUAGUACCACCAUCUUUGGCCAAUUCCAAGUCAUUGCAGCUUUUGAACUUAGGAAACAAUAACUUGGCUGAUAAGUUUCCCCAUUGGUUAGCUUCACUCCCAAGUCUGCAAGUUCUUAUAUUGAGAUCUAAUAGAUUUUAUGGACCACUGACUCAUUCCGCAGCUUCAUUUGACUUCUCCGCAUUGCGAAUGAUCGAUCUCUCUGGAAACGAGUUCACCGGCACCUUGCCCUCAAAACUUUUCCGAAAUUUGAGAGCAAUGACAGUGAAACCUAUGGAGACACGUCUGCAACCGUUAGUUUACCGCCUCGGCCUUCAUUUAGUCGGCAUUAGGGAUUACCACAUUUCCGUGAAUGUAACAACGAAAAGAUUGGAGAUGGAACUGACGAAGACGCUAGACAUUUUCGUAUCCAUGGACUUGUCGUACAACCGAUUCCGUGGACGAAUUCCGGAGGAAGUUGGACAACUUAUUUCCCUUCAAAUGCUCAACUUCUCUCGCAACAACUUCACCGGUCCGAUCCCGGCAUCGUUCGGAAAUAUGGUGGCACUCGAAUCAUUAGAUCUUUCGUCAAACAAGCUCAAUGGCAGGAUUCCUUCUCAGAUGACAAAUUUGACAUUUCUUGCAGUGUUGAAUCUUUCGAGCAACAAUCUUGUUGGAUCAAUUCCCCAGGGGAAUCAAUUCGGCACCUUUGAUAAUGAUUCCUACAGCGAUAACUCGGGAUUGUGUGGCUUACCGUUGUCUAGGCAAUGCGGCAACCGUGGGGUGGCCGAACCACCGGCACCAUUGGCGACUGAACAUGAAGGUUCUGAAGUACCCUUUUUCUGGAAAGUUGUAAUGAUGGGGUACGGAAGCGGAGUGGUGCUAGGACUGAGCACAGGCUACAUUGUUUUCGUCACCGGAAGACCGUGGUGGCUCGUUCGAACGGUCGAGAGAGGUUUACAACACAUAUUCGCCAACUGGAUCCGAAGAAGGAGAACCAGAAGAAACUAG